GACAGACAGACAGAGAAGAGAUUAGAGAGGAGAGCGAGUGCAGGUCGCGCGCAAAGAAUCCUCUCCAACCAAGCGGAGGUGUCCAGUUUCCAUCUAUAAAAGAGGAGACGAGUGACUGGAGAUCAUUAUCAGGUCUGUGUUCUUACACCGCAGCUGAUCAGCCAUGCGAUUGGUCAGCCUGCAGCAGCGCAUGCGGAGGGCAGCAGAGCCCGAGGCAGAACCUGCCCCCGCCCCAGCCCCACCCGCUCCACCUUCUCACCACAGCCACAACUUCCUGAACAUGAAGAACAAGUUCUUCAAUGAGCUCGGACACCUUCCAAACCACAAGAUCAAAUUGCCCAUGUGGGCGAUCGGGGCUAUCGUGGUGGUGGGCCUCGCCCUUGUCGGCUGCUUUGCCUUCUGCAUCUAUAAGAAGUGUCUAGGUGGGAAGAAAAAAGCAAAGAAAGUGCGUGAGAGGAAGGCUGGACGCCGGCGGAGGAAAAAGGAGGGCGAGGGAGAGGAGGACGCGGAGGAGGCUAAGCCGGAAGAGGGUGAGGAAAAAGAGCAGGAAUUCUUUGGCAAACUGGAAUACACUCUGGAUUAUAACUUCACAGACAAUCAACUCAUUGUUGGUGUUCUGCAAGCCCAAGACCUGCCUGCUAUGGAUAUAGGUGGCACCUCUGACCCCUAUGUCAAAGUGUACAUGCUCCCUGACAAGAAGAAGAAGUUUGAGACCAAAGUCCAGCGCAAGAACUUAUGCCCUGUUUUCAAUGAAACGUUCAUAUUCAAGAUUCCUUUCAACGACCUGGCCGGGCAGACUUUGGUUUUGCAGGUGUUUGACUUUGACCGCUUCGGUAAGCAUGACGUGAUUGGAGAGAUUAAAAUUCCCAUGAACAGCAUUGACCUCGGACAGCCUAUUCAUGAGUGGAAGGAUCUGGUGGGAGGAGAGAAAGAAGAGCAAGAAAAGCUAGGUGACAUCUGCAUCUCCCUGCGAUACGUCCCCACAUCUGGGAAGCUUACUGUCUGUGUGAUGGAGGCGAAAAACCUCAAGAAGAUGGAUGUGGGUGGUUUAUCAGAUCCUUUUGUAAAGGUGGUUCUGCAGCACAACGGGAAACGCCUGAAAAAGAAGAAGACGACGGUUAAACAGAACACACUGAACCCGUACUUCAAUGAAAGCUUCAGCUUUGAGAUCCCCUUUGCACAGAUACAGAAGAUCCAGGUGCUGAUCACAGUGUACGACUACGAUAAGCUGGGCAGUAAUGAUGCUAUUGGGAAGUGCUGGAUUGGCUAUGGAGCCAGCGGAGUUGGCUUGCGCCACUGGUCAGACAUGCUGGCCAAUCCCAGACGCCCCGUGGCCCAGUGGCACACCCUGCAGCCGGAGGAGGAGGUGGACGCAGCACUGAAGGCUCCCAUCCGCUAAACGCACAUAACGCUCACAUCUGCUCCAUUUAUCUUCUAAGACAGCAGCAAUUUACAGUCACUUACAUAGAAAACAAAACAUCACCUCAACUUUACAUAACACUGUUGUCGGAAAAAAAACCUCAUAUCUCCAAAAACACUACUUUACUUUUAACGUAAGUCAAUCGAAUCAGACUUUUUUUCCAAGUCAUUUUGGGUCGUUUGUUUUGGCCCAUUCAUCAUGACCUUUACAUACAAUGUAAAGGGUAACAUGGCAAAAACGGAGAUACAAGGUUUUCUUCCAACAACAACGAAGAACAUGAUUGUCAUUAUUAACCUUCCCGUACGCUAAUGAGUCAUUCCAUGAAAGGAGAGUCAUCUGAGUCUGAUUUGAUGCCAUGAGACAAAAAAUAUUUUUCCAAGUGUAAAUAUACAGAUUUAAAGCAUAUAAUCAACAUAGUGUAUUAUUUGUUUUUAUUGCCAACAUCGAUAGUUAGUUGCUUUUUGAUCGUUUGUUGUCCAUUACACAUAACGUGUCCACUCCAUCACAAAAUAUACACACAGAAAAACAGAAAGUUAUUCUUUUCAAAAUUUUUACGAUGUUCACACAAAAGUCACGUCAUUUGCUGAUGAAAAACGAAUGUUAGAAAGUCUAAGCUUGAUAACAGGGAGUAUGAUGGCCUGUUUGCCCUGUAAUAUUCAACCCUGUCACAGCUUCCGUAUGGUGGGGCUGUACUCUGUGUUAUUUGGCACAAAAAUGCUCGUUAAGUUGGGAGCCACAUGUAAUUGCAGUUAUGAAGUCCAAGAAAACUGGACAUGAAAAAGAUCAAAAUAGCAUGUCUUUUUGGCACCGAUCUCAUAGAGUGACUCUAAUACCUACGUGAUAAAUACACACCUGAGGACCCAGCAAUUGGAUUUACUCACCUGUCUCCUCCGCUCCACACAAAACUGCAAUUUUGGAAACACAUAUUUUACAUUCACACAUCAGUCCUUUCAUUAACGAUGUUUCUGACGAUGUUUCUGUCACGUUUCACUGUGAGUAACCUGUGACCCGUCCUGUCUGCACUAGAACAAGCACUCACAACCAAACCAUCCACACAAAGGGAGCGUUAUUACUGUCCUUAUAAGAGCUGUCACUAUAUUGUAUUUGGAACAUUUUCUUGUGUUCAUGAGUGCAUGUGUGUGUGUGUGUGUGUGUGUGUGUGUGUGUGUGUGUGUGUGUGUGUGUGUGUGUGUGUGUGUAUAUAUAUUGAUAGUGAAUGUGUAUAUUGUAUUGAAUUGUAUUGAAUAUUGUUCUGUUUUCCAUCCUUGAACUGUGAUAAUGACUGUAAAUACAAUGACAGGAUAAAAUCAA